GACCCACGCGUGGCAAAUAAGAUGGCGGCCAACUCAAAGUCAAAGACUUUGGAAGCUGACAGCAAAACCUUAGAUGAAGAAGACUCCGUUGUGUUCGUUUACGACCGUCGAAAGGGAAAUGAUCCAGAGCGACUAAUCCAUCUAGGAGGCAUAUUUAAUUAUCAGACAUUCAAGGAACGCAUUCGGCAGGAAUUUAACAUAGGAACAACCACUCACAUUGUGAUUGCUACAACCAAUAGACAAGAAGUUAAAGAUGACAAAGGAUAUGAGGAAUUGGUGGACCAUUAUGACACCCUGUACAUACUCAAUCACAUCAGCCAAGUACUACCAGCCCCUACAAAGGAACGUGUGCAGUACCUACCCCAUUAUGACACACUGGUUAAAAGUGGAAUGUAUGAGUACUACGCCAGUGAGGGACAGAACCCACUGCCGUUUGCCUUUGCAGAGUUGAUUGAUAACUCAUUGACAGCUACAAGUGAAAAUCUUGGCCCAAGAGAAAUAGAGCUAAGAUUGUUCCUGGAUGAAUCUGGUGAUAAGAGCAUGAUCUGUGUUAUAGAUAAUGGCAAAGGCAUGACAUCCAGACAACUUAACAACUGGGCCAUCUAUCGCCUCUCAAAAUUCUCUCGUAAAGAGAGAAAGCACAAAAAGGGAGAUGAAGAGGAAGAUGAUGAUGAAUCUACAGCCUCAGUACCAGAGAAUGUUCCUCGAUCACUCAAUAGUGACAUCUCAUACUUUGGUGUUGGAGGCAAGCAAGCAAUAUUCUUCAUUGGCCAUGCAACAAGAAUGGUUACUAAACCAAAAGACUCUCGAGACGUUCAUGAACUGGCCAUCUCUAAGGAGCAAUUUGAGAGACGAGAGAAGAAUCGAGAGUCAAUUUACAGUGGAUUUAUUAGCAACAGACCGGUUGGCGAUCACAGACACCUAGACACUGAGGAUCCAAACAUGAAGCAAUUAAUUUGUGAUGAAAUAGGCAAGGAAAGUUUCACACAUGUAUUCAUAACAGGAAUCAGCCAACACCAUGUUCAGUACCUCAGACAUGACUUCAUAGGAUGGUGUAAACAGCUAGCCCACAUCUAUCACUACUACAUUCAUGGACCGAGAGGUAAUGAGGUAUCUGGCCUGGGCAACAAGAGACCUAUAAGUCCAUUCAAGAAUAUUGACAUCAGCAUCAGUCUACAUGAUAAAGGCAAAGCACCUCGCACAAUCAACCUACGAGAUAUCGCCCAGGAUAUGCAGACAAAAUACAUCCGCAGUGCAGUUGAUUCGUUUGAGUUCCGAGCAGUUGUUGAAGGAACUGGUAUUGUUGAAGGCAUCUUAAGAUAUCAUCCCUUCCUCUAUGAGAGAGAGACUUACCCUUGUGAAGGGGAGACUCGAGGUGAAUAUGAUAGUGCUGAAGAUAGAGACUACUACAAUGAAGUCAGACCAGCUAGGGGUAAUCGACCAAUCUUUGAAUGCUACUGGAAUGGGAGACUAAUUCCAUAUACAUGUGUGGAGAACUUUGAUUGGUGUGCUGUGCCAAAGAAGCGUGGAUCCAUUCCCACUGAAUGUUACAAUAGAAUAUCAGGUGUGCUGUGGACCAAUGAUAAGUUUGAGAUUAGUACCAACAAGUUGACAUUUAUGGAUCUAGAGGUCAGGCUCAGAGACAAGAAUACCAUCUUUCAGAAGAUCAUCCUUGGUCAGGCCCAGCGUGUGAAGAUCGAUCGUCAGUUUAGUGAGUGGUUAAGAGAAUGCCAUGAAUCCUUUGAUAAGCAGGUUAAAUUUAGCGGGUUUGAGGGGAUAAUAUCACGGCCAGAGAUAACUGUGAAGAGACAACAAUCACCAUGGGCAGUCUUCAAGGCCAUUGAGUGGGAUGGAAAGGAGUUCACAAGAGGACAGCUGGUGCGAACGAUACGUACAGUGCCUAUCAUGAACGCAACCAUCAAGAGAUUCUUACUGUUUGGUCAUCAUGAGGGAGAUGUGUUUGCCACAGGAGGAGAAAUGGAAAUAACACAGGAGCCUGCUCUGUUGUACAAUGAGGUGCGGAUAGUCCCGCUGUGCAAGUUGGAUCGGACCACAAAUGACAGGACGUUAAAGAAAUACAUAGAGGAAGAAGAGGGAAAACUUCCAGAGAAACUGGUAGUGACUUGGCCUGAUGGUUAUGAGAUCAAACAGAGUGAAAGAAAACCUGCUGGCAGCACUGUGGGAGCUAUCCAAAUAGACAUCAAGAAUCGUAAAGGAGAGUCUAUCUCACGUCUACCUGGCUCACAUCUCACUCCUAAGAAGCUUCUAGUAGAGCUCAAAGUCAUCUGGCAUGCACCUAAUGGUGAUGAGGAGUUAGUAUCCCAUCUAAGUCAACAUGUCAAGGCCUGGGGGUUCUGGUUCAAGAAGAUGGAAAACAUGAAGAACCUUGGGAACCAUACCAUUAAGGUACAGGUUGUACUGAAUGAGAGUGGAGUGACGGAGUUUGGGGGUAAACCACUACCAAGCCAAAAGAUCAAGUUCAGCAUUACAGAGGCUGCUCCUAAUAAGUUCAGCGUGGGUCUCUUAGAUCCUCCCUUCAGGGUAGGGUUGCCUUUUACCAUCCCUCUGGAGCUCCAAGAUGAGUUCAAUCAUUCUACUAAACCUAUUCCAGAUAUGAAGCCAGUACUGGAAGCAAGUGGACUAGAACUAAGCUAUGAUGGUGUCCAAGCUAAGGGAACAACUCUCCUUGUGAAGAAUGUGACAGCCAUAGGUGAUGUGGGGUCCUUCCAAGGCAAGAACUUCACCCUUAAAGUGACUCUACCAGGCCUGGCAUUCCCCACACAGAUGAUGAAGAUCAGAUUAGCUCCCGGCCAGCCGUGUUCUCUACAUGUACCUACAUUUGAUGAGGAUAUCACAAUAGAGAAUGGUCAAGCAUUGACGGUAGACAUUGAGGUUCGAGAUAAAGCAGGCAAUGUUACUAUGCAUCCAAAACUCAAUGUCAACUGCAAGUUCCUUGGUACAUCAGGAUUACCAACAUACUGUGGAGACUGCAGCUUCUCAGGCAAAACAAGACUGACUGGAAAUGUUAUCUACCUCAAGAAUAUGAAGAAAGGACAAAAAAUUACUGCCAAAGUUUCAUUACUGAACUUCAAUGACAUUGCACCAGUAGAGAAAGUGAUCCAGGUGUUUCCCAACUCCAACCCAUGCUAUAUGGAUAUGUGGUAUACUGAAGACAACACACGAAAGAAACUAAGACAUCAAGAAGAAGUCAAAUGGCAAGCUGGUCAGCCCAUUAAAGGCAUAUUGUUUGUGUUGUUUGAUGAGGGCGGCAGACAGAUACCGAUUACAGCAGACAUUGCUAGUAAAGUCAAGGUGAGCUGGAUGCCUCGUGUUAGUCAAGAGAAGCUUCUUCAAGGAAUACUACCUGACAUUAAAGUGCCUAGCUCUGCUGCAGACUCUAAAUACGCACAAGUCAGUCUAUCAGAUGGAUCAGGAUUGGAGUUUGGCUUCACUAUUAGGCCUGAAGCAGGAGAGGUUGCUCAGAUCAAGUGUGUUUGUCAAGGCUCCAAGAAGGCUAGACUUGGAGAGGUGCUAGAGCCAGAUAUCAUUGUCAAUGUGACUGACAUCAAUGGAAAUAGAAUCAAAAAGGUACCUCAUGGUGCCCUGAGCCAUCUUGAGGUAACUGGGGAAGGUUUAAAGACCAAACAGCUUCAGAAGGUGAUUCUACCAAAUACUGGCUUUGCUCUGAGGCAAAUACGCUUUGAAGGAGGUAACCUUGGACAGAGAGAACUCUGCAUUAAGUACCAUGACUUCACUGAUUAUAUCAAACUACAGAUGAUGGCAGGACUCCCAACUCAACUCACAUUCGUUGAUCCAGCAUUAAAUGAGCCUAUAUUAGUCUACAGUAAUGCCAAGAUAGACAAGAACUUAACGGUACAACUAUGUGAUGAAUCUGGCAACCCAACAUCAGACUCCAAUGUGCGCCUGACUCUCAUCCCAUCCACUAACUUGCAGCUAAGCCAUGUUCAUCUCCAGUCUAAAGCAGACAAAGAAGGACGUGCAACAUUUGGGAAGCCUCUUGUAGUAGCCCAAACUGGACAUCACAAACUGACAAUAAAGGCAACAAUGGGCCGCAGUACGCUGGUCUUAGCUGCUGAUAUUUAUGUUCAGCCUGAUCCUAACAAGAUAACCAGCGUGGAAGUAGAUUUUCAAAAUUCUAACAAUUUCUUGUUGCCUGCUGGUGGAACCUUUCCAGAUUUUGAUGUCAGCGUGCGAGCUGAAAAUGGCAGCAUAUUCACAAAACUCUCUCCUAAAAAUGUGCUGAUGAGAAUAUGGAAAGUUGGCUCUUCCGCUGAUAGCAGUAAAGCAUCCCUCCAAGCUGUGUCUUAUGUUCCAGAUACUAGAUUGGAAGAAGAUAAACCUGGACAUUUCUAUUUCAGGAAUAGAACCGUUCCAGAAGUGGCCGGGCAGCAUAAUUUGAUCUUCCAAAUACAUGUAGGAACCUCUGAUGCCAAUGUUAUUGUUAGCAAAGUGAUGUGCUACACCAUUCAUCCGGAGGUUCCAUUCAAACUUGCCCCUGACACAAGGCAAGCAAUGUUAACCGUGUCCAACACACACAAGUCUCACAGUAGAUCACUUGUCAAAACACUUAAGCUUCAACUUAAGGACAAGUAUGGUAAUGCAACAGGAACAAAUAUCUCAGGCAAGGUGACUGUGACAUUAUGUGGAGAGAAUGAUAGUGAAAUACCAAUGCUGGUUGGUAACAAGUCAACAGCUGCUUUUAAUAUGAACAAAGGAGUGGUCACAGUACAGAGUUUAGUAUUACAGGAGAGUACCCCUGGCAAAGAUGGUGGAGAAUAUUCGAUGAAGGUUGAAGUUGACAGUCCACAGUUGAAGCAACAUGACGUGGAGGCAUACACUCAACCAUUCCUCUUCUAUAAUGAUGCAAAGAAGCAAUAUCGUAUGGCACAGUUAACCAAAGAGAGAGAUACAUUAUUACAAACCAUUAACGCGUUUCAAGGAUUCUUUCAGACGACGGAUAAACUUGUUGAAGAAAUGAAAUAUUCUGUGGAAGAAGUGAUGCAAAAUGAGAACCAAAUCAAAUCUGAGCUCAGGAAGAUGGGGUCCCUUAUGAAUCAAAUUAACACAGUGAGCAAUAUUCGGAGCUACAUUGAGCAGUUAGAGAGAGAUAAUGAAACACUGCUGCUGAAACCAAGAAGACAAUGUGGUUUAAACCCCUACCUAGGAUUAAUUGACCCAGAUGUACUUGGACGGGUUGGUCAGUUAGCGAAAGUAGAAGAUGAUACAAUAGCUCAUGUGUUAUCCUGGCAUAUGGUAUCUGAUAUGGAUUGUCUGAUAACAAAGACUAAUGCAGCAGCUAUGAGGGUACAUAAAGCAACCAACGGCAGACAACAGCUUCUACCUAUUGAUUCUAUCUAUAAGAAGAAUCAAGAAUGGAACAGGCCGCUGCCUCACUUACGCUACCUCAAGAACUACAGACCUACAGGGAAUCCAGUGUUUGCGAGAGCCCUGCUCAGGUUUCCUUUGCAUGAAGAGGAAUGCAAACUAGUCUUUGGGAUGCUUCUAGCCGAUACCAUCAUCUUUGAUACCUUGGAAGAUGCCACAGCGUACAGACAAGAGCUUGUUAAAGUCACAUACUGCCCUCCUCUUCUUACACGAGAUGGUAACCGUAUUCGCAGCAACGGCAAAUUUGGAGGCUCUCAAAAUCAGUUCCUAUCCUUGGAGAAAUUAAAAGGCGCUGUAUUUGGAGCUCCAAUUCCAGAAUCAUGCAGACGGCUUGCUAAACUUAAAGAGUUGGCUGAGAGUCUAGAACAGGCAAUGCAGAAGAGAAUAGAAGCUGCACGUGAACUACAAGCACAAAAAGAAGAGCAGAACUCUGCGUCGAUGAGGAAUAAACGACGAGAGUGUCAAGAAGCUAAGGAACAGUUAGCACUCAUUGAGAAGAAACUUGGUGUGGCCCAGUCAGGUCAGACAGUUGAGUCCCAGGAAAACUCUAGUCAUGUUCCACUGCAUGGUAAGAGAGGCCGUUCCAUGUCCAGAUCACCAGCAAUGCCAAUGGAGGACUUAUCAUCCCCGGGGACCCCAAGGACAAGACGCACUCCAAACCACUCUGCCUCUCCUGCUAAGAGACGCAGAUGAAGCAACAUUCGUAUGUCUCACUUUUGCAAUAGGAAUAUGAGACUUGUAUUAAGUACUGCAUCUUAAGCCAUGUUAAGCUGUGUUCCCAUUGGAUAUGUUCUUCCCUGCCACAUGGAAAGUUACUGUGACUGGCGUUAGUGUAAAUCUACUGUGGGUUCCAACCUGGACUUAUAUUCCAAGACGUUUGCAUAGCAUUUUACAGUGUGGCCAUGGUUGGUUUACAACGUGGAGCUGUUGCCAGUGGACUUAUAGCGGCCCUGUUAAGUUACUGUUGCUGACCUCUUUCAGCUUGUUAGUUUUACGGUCGCGGUAAGUUGACAGGAAGGUCAGUUUACUAUGCAUCCCCAUUGGAUUUAAUUUUGUCAUUCCACAGAAAAGUUGCGAUACUCUAACCAAAAAAAGUCCCACAGGAACACUACUAUAGCCUAAGUACCUCCAUUACAAAGGGUACAUUGUUGUAUAUACUCAAGACCUGGGAUCUGUUUCUAACCAGAACUUCAAAUCCAGUUGCGUUUUAAAACUCCGUUAGGAUCUGGUAAUGGUGUCUGAUGACUUUACAUGGAGUACAAAACUUAGGCCGUGUCCCAAACGGUGACUUCAGCUACAGCUACGGCUUGAUCAGUGUGUCUGCCAGUGUUGUAGAGUAGGCAGACGCGAGCGAUCUAACCGUAGCUGUAGGCGAAGUCGCUGUUUGAAGUGUGCAAGACUGUGGGGUUUUGGGGGAGAGAGGAAAAUUAAGACUGACAUCUUUUGCCACAAGGGAGUUUUCAAUUAAGUACUGUAUCUCUUAUUAACUGUUCCUUAUAGUGUUCCUAGAAUUUCUUAAAAUUCUUAUGUUGUUGUACUUGCACAGAAAGUUGUAUUCAUCAAUUUGUUACUAUUUGCUAGUUGUAGGUUUGCACAAACAAUCUAAAAUAAUCCAAUAUCCUCUCCAUAUAUAUCCUAUUAAGUUAUACUUAUUCUUGUUGUUCAUAGUCUCAUUUUUAUUUAGUUUAUUGUGUUAUAUUUUUAUUUAAUGUGUAUUUAAUUUUAAUGUUUCCUUUACUUGAUACAAACCUAUUUCUCCUGUGUCCAUGUCAAUACGAUUUUGUUCCCUUUUAGAGGCACGUGUUUCACCCCUAAUUUUAGUUUGAUUGUGAAAUAAACCUCCUACAUGUACAUUUUGGACAAGCUUGCUUUAAUAGGUGCACAUUUUACAGUUUGAUAUGACCAAUCAGUAAAUUGUUACAAUAUUUCAUCAUAGAUUCAGAUUCCCAAGAAUCCAGUCUGUCUAUCAGUCAACAGGUCAAGUGAAAUAUUGAUGUGGAUAAUUUGCUGCCCAAUAACAUAUUAUACAAAUAAUGAAUGUGCAAUGGUGCGAAUAUUUUGGUUGGAACAAAAAAUGCAUGGUGAAUGGAACGAAAAAUGCAUAUUGGAUGACGUAGCGUACAAUGGUAUGUUUAUUUACUGUUAAUUAAGGGACAAUUCUCCAAUUAAUGGCAAUGAUCUGCUUAGAUGUUUGAAUAAUAGUUGUAGAAUCCCAUCAAGAAGGAAUGUAGAUUUGAAUUCCUAGUAAGAUAUUGUAGUUGCGUAAGUUUGCUGAACACCGUGUUGUUUGUAAGGACAAAUUAGUUUAUUGGGUUUCAUGUUUGUAUUUUGUAUAUUUUUAAUCAUAACAUUGUUGUGAUGUAACUUUUUGGCAAACAUUGAUAAUCAAAGCAAUAUCUCUAUAUGAAAAUUAUGAUUCAUUUACAAGAAUACCUGUCGGUGAGAUUUCUGUAUCAGCAGCCAGUGUUUGUAAUCAAUCAGAUAAUAAAUCAUCUCUCUAUCUAAAUAGUUUACAUUUCAGCCUCUUAAACUGAUGAUAAGGACUGCUUUAUGUUAGCUUCUCUGGUUAUAACCCUACUCUUUGUCAUUAUUUGAUACAGCUUUGAAUAAAGUUACAUUUUUUAUUAAUUUCGCCAACUA